AUGAUCACGACACGAGCCUCAACCUGCUUGAGGCUACCGAGACGGAUUGUUACAUCUACGAAAACUUGGCGGCAUGGCAAACUCCAGAAACGGCAUGCCACUACGGCCUCGGCGCCAGUGGCAUCUUCGACAACACCGCAGUCGUCUGCAUCACAGCUCGCGAUGAUCACAAGCGAACUGGACAAAUUGUCUCCUAGAUUCGAUGUCUCUGCAGAGUCGAUAGAAAUUCUUCGGUCGCCCGCCGACUUCUAUGAGACGCUAAAGGUAAAGCGUUCGUCUUGACAACGACGAUGCGACGAAGUCUAACCAGAAUUGAAGUAGGCAAAGAUUAGAUCGGCGAAAAGGCGAAUCUAUCUCUCUACUCUUUACAUUGGGAAAAGUGAGCACGAGUUGGUAUGUGACCCAAAGAAUCGCUCUUUCCCAGAGCUAACUGUGCUAGAUCGACACCAUCCGAGAAGCUCUCGAAGCCAACCCAGACCUCAGAGUUUCGCUGCUGACAGACUACCUCAGAGGUACCCGAGAAGCGCCUAAUGCGUCAUGUGCAAGUCUGCUUGCUUCUUUGGUCAAAGACUUUGGGCCGGAGAGGGUUGAGGUUCGCAUGUACCAUACACCAAACCUCACGGGCACCCGCAAGGCUGUCCUUCCAAAGCGCAUCAACGAAGGCUGGGGCUUACAACACAUAAAGUUGUACGGAGUUGACGACGAGAUAGUCAUGUCCGGUGCCAACUUGUCGAACGACUAUUUCACAAACCGACAAGACCGAUAUCAUGUGUUCAAGUCGAAAGAGAUAACCGACUACUUUGGAUCUCUGUAUCGGAAAGUAUGCGAUAUGAGCUAUCGCGUGGUACCAUCUGACCACGAAGCAAGCGGUUUCACAAUGGAGUGGCCCCAGGCGAACGUACAGCCAGCACCCUUGGACGAUCCGCAAGGCUAUAUCAAGGCAGCCACGAAGGAGCUCCAGCCAUUGACAAAGCCGCUGAGCCUAAAUUACAAGAAGAAAUUGCUCUCUGACACUAGUGUCUAUCCGCUGCUGCAGUUGACACCGCUCCUCAAACCCGACACGUCCACCGAGCUUCCGGCUUUGACAGCCAUUCUCCGCAGGCUUGGCACUCCAGAGUUGACUGGAUCGAAAUGGACCUUCACCGCGGGAUACUUCAAUAUGACACCGGAAGUGCGCCAACUAUUGCUCCAAUCCAACCCGGCGUCAGCGACCGUCGUCGCCGCAUCACCUUGGGCCAAUGGAUUCUACGGGAGCAAAGGGAUCAGCGGCAUGCUACCUGCUGCAUAUACACACCUGUCGAAACAAUUUCUCAACGCAGUCCGCCGCCAAAACCUGGAUGCCCGCAUAUCCGUAAAGGAAUGGCGGAGGGGCACCGUCAACACGCCCGGAGGAUGGACCUACCACGCCAAGGGCAUUUGGGUAACACUACCCGGCCAACAGAAUCCUUGCAUCAGCCUUGUGGGAAGCUCAAACUACACUAAGCGCAGCUACUCGUUGGAUCUAGAGGCAAACACUCUGGUUGUCACCAGCAACCCUGAUCUGCAGAAACGCCUUGGAGAGGAAGAACGCUGGCUGCAGGAAUAUGCCACGCCUAUGACACGGGACGACUAUGCCAAGACGGAAAGAAGGGUCGGACUGCAUGUACGGAUAGCGAUGUGGAUUGUGACAUUAGUGGGAGGAGCAUUGUGA